AUGAGAUCGAUCCAGGCUCUUAUAGGCUUAGUCCUAGGCCUGGCUACGCUGACCUUCACAGCCCCAGUCAACAACGUCGCCAACGGUCCAGAGCAGCCACAGAAGACCCCAGGAGAACUAUUGAUUCCCCCAAGCACGGGGACACCCAUGUUUGACUCCGAAGUGGCUUUCAUGAAUUUCACAUGUAUCCUGAUCAUAGGUGACAGAGGCACACCCGGGCUGACCUAUGGUGGUGGUGCGGAGGAUCAGUGCUGCGUGACAAACUCCCCACCACGGGUCGCUGUGCACUGGUCACUCUGA